AUGCAAAAUGACGAAAUGAUAUGUCAACAAACGUGCGAACCGAUACAAGAUGAUUAUGAAACCGGCGAAGAAUUAGAGGAAGAAGAGAUUUUUGAAGAAGAUCUUGAGAAUGAAGGCGAGAAAGAGAAAGAAAAGUCAAAAACAUUCCAUGAAAAGUAUACAGAUCAAGAAUUAGACAAGCAUUUGUUCAAUUGCUACAUUCACGGAAUAGGAAUCCAAAAAUAUUUCGACAUAUUAACAUAUGCAGGAGUGAAAGUACCAUCUGUUGAUACAUUGAAUAAGAGACAAUCUGCUCUCGGUCCUUCACUUGAAGAAUUUUGUUUAAAUCGCAUACAAAAAUACAUAACUGAUGAUAUGAAAGCAGCUUAUGACUGUGCUUGGACUGGAAGAAGAAAUGCUUUUUCAUCUUUUUCAAGUUUGGCAAAUAUUGUACUUAAUAAAAUUUGUGGUUUUCGAAUUGUAACAAAAUAUAAAAUUGAUGGAUAUAAAACUGUAAUUAGUGAUCCUGAUAUACAAGCCAAUAUGAUGGAAAUCACUGCUCUUAAUUCUAUUAUCAAUUCUGACAUUUUUCCAAAAAUUCAUACUUUUGUAUCAGAUGGUGAUGUAAAAACCAAUACAGCAUUAAAUCAUUCAAAAACCUCAAUUCAAAUUACAAAGGAUUCUAAUCAUUUAAUCAAAAAUGCUUUUAAUAAAUUUAAAGAUCAAUUGCAUUUUUUGGAAUCUCAAUUUAGAAUCAGAUUUCGUAAGAGCAGAUUUUGUAUAUAA